CCGGAGUAUGUUUGUGAAUGACGUAAUUAGCGUAAAACAAGAUGGCGUCGCCUUGGCUGUAAAUCGAUGUAGAAGUGUUUAUCGGAGUCUAAGACAGCCUCCUUUGGCGGCUUGUUGUUGUGUUCCGACUCCUUCGAUACGGGACGGAUAUAUCGAGCCGGGAGCUGAGCUGCAGGCAGGGCCCCCACAGGAGGCGGCGGUUUGAGAGCGUCGUAUCCGGCGACCCCCGGGUGAGAGCCGGAGAGCUGCUGUCAGGAUGGACACCGGAGAGUUCAUCUCCACCGUGGAGAACAUGGACCCGAGCUUAACGGAAUUAGGGGACGAAUUCACUUUAGGAGACAUUGACGAGAUGCUGCAGUUCGUCAGCAACCAGGUGGGGGACUUCCCAGACCUGUUUGAGGACCACAUGACCCCAGCAGGCUCCCUGCAGAGCAGCGGCGCCGGCUCCGCCCCUCAAGCAGCCGCUCAGACCCUCCAGACUCCACCUGCGGCCGUCUACCAGAGUCCCAGCGCCAGCCUGGUAUCGUCCCAGUCGCUCUCCCCUCAGUAUGUGCCCCCCACGCCUCCUCUCACACCUGCACAGACGCCCUCUCCCCCCGCCACCACGGUGCAGCAGGUGACGCGAAGCCCUCCGCUGCUGCAGCCGCGGCCUCCGGCGGUCCAGCCCAUCCAGCCGCAGCCGACGGCCCAGCAAACCAUCCAGGUGCACACUCAGGGGGUUCCUGUGCAGACCCAAAGCUUCCCAGUCCACACUCUGGUCCAGACCCACACCCAGACCCCCCUCCCCAUCCAGACGCAGGCCCCACAAACCGUCAUGAUUGCCUCUAAUGCCGGACAGUCCCGCUUCAUCCAGAACUCCGUCAUCUGCCAUCAGAGCCCGGCUCCUAGUUUCCAAGUCCUGCAGCCACAAAUGCAGAGCAUCAUGACGUCUCCACAGCUGCAGCCGGUCACCAUUCAGCAUCAGCGCGUUCUGACGCCGACGGGUCAGACCAUCCAGACUCUGUCCACAGCGCCCACCACAGUGCACACCAUGCAGCAGCAGGUGCAGCAAGUGCCGGUUCUGGUCCAGCAGCCUCAGAUUCUGAAGACGGACUCUCUGGUUCUCACGACCCUCAAACCAGAUGGAACUCAGGUGCUCUCCACCAUGCAGAACCCCGCAGGCAUCACCACCCUCACCACGCCCAUCCAGAACACCGCUCUGCAGGUCCCGACUUUGAUGGGAAGCAACAUUCUGACGACCGUCCCGGUCAUGAUGGGAGGAGGAGACAAGCUGCCCAUCAAGCAGCUGCAGACGACCUCUCCCAACCCUCCCGCCGGAGUCCGACAAGUCAUGGAUCAGAACCAAGGGAUGGUGGGAGGACUGGGUCCAGGAGUGGUGGUAAAGGAGGGCGAGAGGAGGACGACUCACAACAUCAUCGAGAAGAGAUACAGGUCGUCCAUCAACGAUAAGAUCGUGGAGCUGCGGGACCUGGUGAUGGGCAAUGAUGCAAAGAUGCACAAGUCCGGGGUGCUCAGGAAGGCCAUUGAUUACAUAAAGUACCUGCAACAAGUCAACCACAAGCUCCGGCAGGAGAACCUGGCUCUGAAAAUGGCAAACCAGAAGAACAAGCCUGUGACGCUUCCCGAAGACGUGGACAUGAAGCAGGAAGUGGUGAUGAUGUCACCUCCAGCCUCAGAUUCUGGUUCCGGUUCCCCCCACCAGUUCUCUCCUUACUGUGUGGACUCUGAGCCCGGCAGCCCCUUACUGGAUCAUGAUCAGGUGAAGAGCGAGCCGGAUUCUCCCUCCUCAGUUGGAGUGAUGGAUCGCUCUCGGCUGCUGCUCUGCGCUCUGACGUUCUUCUGCCUGUCCCUCAACCCUCUGCCCUCACUGCUGGGCUCAGAAUCCUCGGGGACACCCGGGUUGUCUGCGGGCCACGGCCCAUCGAGGACCCUGGUCUGGUUCCCGGCUCACACGCAGGACUUCACAUCGUGGCUGCGGUGUCUUGUGCCGUGGGUGAUUGUGUGGGUGUUGAGUGGCGUGGGGGCGGUGUGGGGCUGUGUAAGGGUGCUGUACCUGUGGGAGCCGGUCACGCCUCUUCACUCGCCAAAAUCUGUGUCCUUCUGGAGGCACCGCAAACAGGCGGACGUGCACCUGCACCGGGGGGAUUUCUCUGCAGCCAUGGCCAGUUUAGAAACCUGCCUGUCCGUCUUGACCAGAGCUCUCCCCUCCUGCGGCCUGGACUUGCUCUGUUCUCUUUCCUGGAACCUGAUUCGCUACUUCUUGCAUCGUCCGACUCCUCUCGGCUGGUUGGUGCACCAAGUUGGAGGAAAGCACGAGGGGGACGAGUCGAAGACGAGUGCGAGAGACGCGGCGCUGGUGUACCACCGUCUGAGUCAGCUACAGCUCACAGGGAAGCUGCCUCAGCGCAGCAGCCUGUGGGCUCUGUCCGUCUCGCUGAGUGCUGUCAACCUCAGCGAGAGCGCUCAGGGAAAGAUGCCGCCAGCCCAGCUAGCUCAGAUUUACGUCACUGCGGCGAUCGCCCUGCGCACCGUCCUGGGCCACCAUCUCUCUUGUCUGCCGGGAUACCUUUUGAGCUGUGCAGAGAGCGUAGCCAACCAGCCGGACACUAAGCCAGUGCCAGACUGCCUGCGCUGGCUCUUCACUCCGCUGGGGAGGCAGUUCUUUCUGAGCUGCGAGUGGUCGGUGAAGUCAGAGAGCAGCGACAGUGUUUACGCCUCUCAGAGAGAUCCAGUCGAUCCCAUCGCCCAGCUGCACCGCUGCUUCUGCAGGAAGCUUCUGGAGAGAGCGGUUCACACGCUGAUCCAGCCGCAGAGCGACUCCGACGCCAGCUGUCGCCACUCUAACUUUGGAGAGUUUUCCAGCGCGCUGGAGUUCCUGGAGUUGUUGAACAGCUGCACAGAGGACUCCUCUUCAGCUCCUCCUUUCUCAAGCUCGCUUAACCAAACCGCCAUCCCAGUGGGAGACCCGGUGUGUCGUUGGUGGGCUCUGGUGCUGAAGGCGGCCGUCCACUGGCUGCAGGGCGACGACGCUGCUGUGAAGUCUCUCCUGACCGAGGCGGAGCGAAUGCCGAGAGCUCUACACGUCCUCGACCACCCCCUGCCCAAAGCCGUGCUGCUCCUUUGUAAGGUGGUUCAGAUGAGCCUGUGCUCUCUGAAGGGAGAGGGCCUGAUCGCCUGCCUGGCUCACUGUGACAGAGCCAGCGGUUACCUGCGCUCCAGCGUCUCCGUGCCGCUCGGCCUGUCUGGAAGCUGGCUGAACAAGGGGGUGGAGCUCCUGGUCUGUGACCUCCUGCUGACCUUAAGAACCAGUUUAUGGCAGCGAGGAGGCAGCAGUAACGGCGAACCCGGCCCGGCUCCUGGAACGCAGCUGUCUGGUUUUCAAAGAGACCUGAGCGCGCUCAGAAAGCUCACGCAGUGCUACAGACAAGCGCAACACAAGGUUUUCCUUCAUGAAACCACCGUGCGGCUGAUGGCGGGCGCCAGCCCAACAAGGACGCAUCAGCUGCUGGAGCACAACCUGCGCCGCAGGACCCACACCUCGUACUCAGCCGAGGGGGAGUGUAUUCUGGGUGAAAGAGAAAGAGCCCACGCCAUCCUGCUGGCCUGCCGUCACCUCCCCAUGCCUCUGCUGACCCCACCGGGACACAGAGCGCGCCUGCUGGCCGAGGCCAAGCGGACUCUGGAGCGCGUGGGAGACCGCCGGUCCCUGCAGGACUGUCAACAGAUCCUGCUGCGCCUCAGUGGGGGCACCACCAUCGCUGCUUCCUAAACACGUUUUUAGGUUUUUGUCUGUACAUAAACACGUUUUCCUCAGCUACUUUGAAGUUGCAGUGCUGCAGCACCCCACCUACUGGCUGUCAGUGGUACUUCGUGCCUCUUUUGCAUUGAGGGUGCUCUUCCACCCUCCAGAUCUAAACUGUUAAAUUUACAAAAUCUUGCUAAGGGACAAACAAGCAGAAAUAGUGAAAGGGAUCAUUUUCUAAAAAAAACUCAAAGCCAGACAAUCACGGCCGGAUAGACUGCUGCAGUAACUGCUUUAGUUUGAGGCCUUCACGGUUUUCCAGAGAAGACAGCAAAAGUCUGAGUGUGGUUGUCCUGUAAACAGGAAAGCUAACUUUUAUUUGUGUGGGUAGUGUGUCUUUGUAUCUACCUCAAACUCUGUACAAUACCAGCGUUGUACUCUGAAGCAAAUUUCAUUCGUUACUCUCAAUUUGAGCUUAAUCCUCCUUUGUUUUGAGGCUCCGGUUAAUGAAAGCGUCAUUCUGGCGAGGACCGCUGACCUGCCUCCCCCUGCUGGUGACACACAGCAGCUUUUAGGAAUUCGGCAUGCUGCCGCAGAAGCUGCAAUCCUGAUGGAGACCCGCUGAUGAAUGCGUCGGGACUGGACUAACGUUUGUUUUAGUGAGGGAAGCGCCCAUGCAAACGCCUGUCUGCGCACAGGCACACGGAUGCGCAUGCACAUUACAUUUUAAAGUAAUGUACUAUGCUUGUAUAUACAUGUACAUAGGCAGUCCCAUUGAAGUUUUCUGCUUGAUGCUCGGUCAGCUUCAGGUUGAACUUUUUUUCAAACGUUCAUGUGAGGUUGCCUUCCAGCAGCAGCAACAGCCGCCGCGGUCCUUUACCAGCUGACUCCAUCCAGCUGUUCGGCCUCCAGUGUUUGAAAAGAUGUUCUCUGUUCUGGUUCUCUUUUAUUUGUAACUGUUCGUGUGCCGCAGCACUUUUUUUUUUUUUUUUUGCUAUUAAUGUAUUUAAAGGUUGUGAAUUGUUCAUGUCUAUGUGGGGCAGUUUUGUUGGAGGUGUGCUUUUAUUUUGUUUUUUAUUUUUUAAGAGGGCACUUUUAGGGCCAGAGGGGCAUCUCAAAAACGGCAUUUUUACUUUUUUCUCAUUUAAAAUGUAAGUUUUCUCUGCAGAAUUCACUCCUAUAGAAAGUAAUAAUUAAUAUUUGGAGAUACUAGUAUCUAUGAGCACACGGAUAGGAAAUUCCAGGAUUCCCUUUUCAUCUCACACUAUAGUCAAAGCAACAUAGAAAGAUUUAAUUAGUUUGGAUUUAAUUUCUUGAACUGGUCUUAAACAUUUUUUUUUUUGUGCUUUCUUUAAUAUUGUUACUUAAUUUUUGCCCCAUAAAGUUGUUUUAUUGUUUGAAUUUCUGUAUUCCUUUUAAAGUUUUAUAAUAAAAUGUCACAACAAUCUGCAAUCUUUUUGUAGAUUAUAUAUUUUGAAGACAUUGGGGAAAAAAAGGGUCAAAGCAAACAGAAAAAUACCGAUGUAAGUUAGCCAUAAAGUUGAUUUGAUAAAGAUCGUUGUGAUGA